AUGCGACUCGGGAGUGUUUGUUUCAGUCGCGAGCGAGUGCGUCACAGUUCUUUGAUUGUUUCUGUCACCGCAUUAAUUUAUUACAGUCCAACAACAACCCAGAGCAGGGGGACACUGCGGGCUGAGGCACUCAGUGUGCAACCACCCUGCCCUGACUUUCCUCCAGGGUACUCUGUUGGAUGUUUGAAGGCGUAUCGUAGUACUGAAGCUGCACAGCCAGGUGCGCCGGCCCCCUUUGUGCUCAACCCCUGCGCUAUGAGCAGAGGCAGAGGAGGGCCUCACAAAGAACCCUACAACAGGCAUCUACCACCUCGCUUGCAGGCCAAGGAGAAUUCUUAUCGACCUGGCCAAGCCCAACUCUUCCCCAGAGCUGAUCCACAGCAGAUCCCACAUGUAAAUUACUACAACAAUCCAAUACAUCCUGCGGUGCCCAUACAUCCACCUUCUCCUCUCCCCCCCACCGCUCCCCCAAUUCCGAACCACAUUAAAGUGGUGCCUAACUCUGCAUCUUAUUAUUGUGCACACAACCAGAGUCACAUCAUCACUCCAGUCCCCAAUUCCUUCCACUAUAAACAGGUAAAGUUCCUGAGAGGACAGAGCUCCGAGGCACCCCAGUUCAGGAGCAGUGCGCGAGGAGGUGGGGAAGUACCCAUCAGGCCGCAGAGAGCCCUAUACCAGCAACAAUCACAGUACAGUAGAUAUACAAACCCCAAUAACAGCUCCAGGGGUAGAGGGUGCUACAGCCAAGACCAGGGCUUUGCUUUCCCUUCUGGUGCAAGAGGUUCACGAGGUGCCCCACGCCCUUGGCACUUGAAUCAAAACCAGUUUCAAGGCAAUACUAGCAACCAGUACUCCAACAGACAAUGGUGUGUCCAUGACGACACUCUCUCUGACAAUUUUCAGAAUUUAUCUCUUCAUCAAGGUAUGCCCUGCAGAAGGGCAGAAAGCUUUGACAAACGGCUUUCAUUGAGCACUGCGGGGAAGUUGGGAUUUACUAAAGAGAAUAUCACUCUUACCCCUGACAUACAGGGCCAGGUGCACAGGGCGUUGGUUGCUUUGAGGCCUGAUGAGAGCGUCUCUGCUAAGAUAUUAGCCAAAAAACUGCGGCUGCCCAAGAAGAUAGUCAACAAGGCUCUCUACAAUUUGGAACGAUCUCAUAAAGCCUCCAAGCAAGGACUCCUCCCGCCCGAGUGGACCCUUUACAGAGAACAUCUCAGAGGAGAGCAUCAACUCUCUGAAUUUCAAAGUUCAGUUCCUAGUUUGGGUCAUAGCACCAAACAACCACAAGCCCCUGGGGCCGGGAUUGACUCAGAAACAGAAAUCAAGGGGCAGAGCAAAGAAGGGGACUCUGAUACAGAAUUCAGUUCUUCUUGCUACCUCUCGUCAGAGUCAUCUGACUCAGAAGAAUCACAGUCAUCAGAAAAAGGCCAAUACCACGAGGAGACGCACCCCCAACCAACCAGGUCCCCAGAUCAGGACCUUAUCUCUGCACUGAUGGCAGAGUUAAAAGAACAAAUUCUGCAGUAUCUGCAGAAUUCAGGGGAAGUGACUUCUCUUGUCAUUGCAAAAAAUCUUGGAUUAAAGAAUGCCAAAAUCAAUACCAUACUUCUGGCUCUGGAGAAUCAAGGUGAGGUGCGUAGGAAUAGUCAGGAAAACCCUCCCAAAUGGAAUCUGUCUGCCCACCGGAGAGAGAGAAUGGAGAGGAGCCUUCGGGCCGCACAGGGCAUGGCAGCUGUGAAGGUUGAAGUGGAGGAAAAGGCCAUUAAAGUGGAAGAGGAAGAUGGCUUCUUCAAGUCACCGCUACCGUCUAUACCAGGUCUCGAACCACUCUCACAGCUUGAGGACAGGGUACAGGGGCAAAAUCAAAGUGAGCAAUGUAUAAAAGAAGAGACCAAUGAGGAGCAGUGGGCCACCGAUGAGAUCCCCCUAUUCCUCAAUGCUAUUCGCAGAGAGACAGACGCUAGUAAACAGGCUUCAGAAAAGACCAACACUAUGGGAACUGUGGCUGUUUCACUGGCUGCCCCGCCUCCUCAGAACCUGUGGGCCAAAUUACAGGAGGUGAGGCUAAAGAACCCCGUCAGUGGUCUCAUGGAGUAUGCCCAGUAUCUGGGCCAAAACUGUGAGUUCCAGCUUCUCGACCAGUCUGGACCCUCUCACGACCCAAGAUUCCGUAUGCAGGUUUUGCUCAACGGGAGGCUGUUUCCUGUGGCUGAAGCCUCUAGUAAGAAGGUUGCUAAAAAGGACGCUGCUGCGGCCACCCUCCGAGUGCUCAUCACAGAGAUGCAGGGAGGGACAGGCACAGCAGACGAGGGGAACGCCACAAGUAUAGACCAGCCGAUGGAGGCACUUCCAGACACCAGCUCUGUUGAAAAUACAGGGGGAGUACAUGGCGGUGGUGGUGCGGAGGGAAUGGCGGAGGGCCCUCGCCAGCCCGUAUCCCGUUCUCUGCCUGGUGGGAAGAAUCCAGUGUCGGUUCUGAUGGAGUACUGCCAGCGCAGUGGGAACGCCAUCGAAUUCAUGAACACCGGACAGGCAGGCCCACCACAUGACCCGCGGUUCAUGUACAGGGUGAAAGUUGGGGAGAACCUCUUCGCAGAGGCUUCAGCUCCCAGCAAAAAAGCAGCCCGCCAGCUGGCCGCAGAGGAGGCCGUCAAAGAGUUAAUGGCCGAUGGAAAACUGCAGCUCAACAAGCCUCAGUUGCCCCUGGGCUCAUGCAGUGAUAGCGAAGAGGGUGCUUCCGGGACAACGUCGCCCUCUUUGCGCCCCUUAACUGCAGAUGAGUUGCGAGCAGCCCAUGAGGCAGGGGUUGGGGACCUAAUCAAUCACCUGAACAACAACGCAGUGUCAGGUCUUCUGGAGUAUGCCAGAGCUCGGGGCUUUGCUGCCGAGAUCCGGCUGGUGGGCCAGUCUGGGCCUGCACAUGAGCCUAAGUUCACCUACCAAGCAAAGCUGGGUGGGCGCUGGUUUCCUCCAGUUUGUGCCUCCAACAAGAAACAGGGAAAGCAGGAAGCAGCGGAUGCUGCUCUCCGGGUUUUGAUUGGAGAGGCUGAAAGGGCAGCUCGCACUGGGGAGCUUAUCCCAGCUGAGCUACCAGUAAGCGGUAGCACCUUGCAUGACCAGAUAGCCAUGUUGAGUCACCAGCGUUUCAAUGCCCUGACCACACGUAUCCAGCACAGCCUUCUGGGACGCAAGAUUCUGGCCACCGUCGUCAUGAGAAGAGGGGAGGGCCUGGGCACCGUUGUCAGCCUUGGCACUGGAAAUCGUUGUGUCAAAGGGGAAGAGCUGAGCCUUAAAGGGGAGACAGUUAAUGACUGCCACGCUGAAAUCAUCUCCAGAAGGGGAUUUAUUCGGUUUCUGUACAAUGAGCUGAUCAAGCACUACGACGGCGCAGAUGACAGUAUAUUUGAGCCGGCAGAGGAGAAUAAACUAAAGAUCAAAUCUGACAUCACCUUUCACCUCUACAUAAGCACGGCGCCUUGUGGGGACGGUGCUCUGUUUGAUAAGUCAUGCAGUGAGGCAGGAGAUGAAUCCCAAGACCAUCAGCCUCUGUUUGAGAAUGCUAAGCAGGGCAAGCUUCGCACCAAAGUGGAGAACGGUGAAGGAACCAUCCCAGUGGAGUCGAGCGCCAUUGUACCCACCUGGGACGGCAUCCAGCAUGGUGAGAGGCUCCGAACCAUGAGCUGCAGCGAUAAGAUCCUGCGCUGGAACGUGUUGGGCCUGCAGGGGGCACUGCUCUCCCAUUUCCUGCACCCCAUCUACCUGAAGUCCAUAACACUUGGCUACCUGUACAGCCACGGCCACCUGACCAGAGCCGUGUGCUGUCGGCUGGCCAGAGACGGUGAAAGCUUCGCUCAAAGUCUCCCUCCUCCCUUCAAGCUGAACCACCCAGAGGUGGGCAGAGUGAGUGUGUACGACUCCACACGGCACACGGGGAAGACCAAGGAGUCCAGUGUGAACUGGAGCUUUCCUGACCAGUAUAAUGUGGAGGUGCUGGAUGGGACCAAAGGAAAACUUGAUGGGACCAAACAAGCCGUGUCCCGCGUGUCCAAGUCCAACCUGUUCUGUCUGUUCCACUCUCUGUGCCAGAAGUGUGGCCGCAGUGACCUCCUCUUGCUGCCCUCCUACGCUCAGGCCAAGAUCUCAGCCUCGCACUUCCAACUUGCCAAGCAACAGUUCUUUCAAGCUCUCACCGUUCACGGCUACGGAGCCUGGAUCGGCAAGCCACUGGAAGAGAAGAGCUUUGAGGCCACGGAGGGAAGUGGCAACAACGGGCCAGGCAUCCCUUUGGCACACGGGAACAGUAGAAACGGAGGGGCGAUGGAGUACGCACAAGCAGAGGCGUAGAUCAGUGCAAGGAGAUGAUAUGAGCAUGUGGGGGAGAAAAGCACAAGCAGGGGGCAGAUCAAAGGGAGCGCGCUGAAACAAUGCAAAGCCAGUGGCCAGAACUGAGUGUGCUGAUGGAACAUGGUUAAAGGCUGCCAAGUGAGUGAUGGAAAGCGACAGAUCAAGUCAUGGGCAAAGCCUGAAGUAUGAGUGAGGUCACAGUUGACAGGACAGAGCGGGGGAGAGAUCCACAGGGUGUACAGAACAUUGUAAACACUACAUUCAGAAGGAAUAAGUCUGAAGUCGUCUCAUUUCCACGACCGAAAAACUCCCGCUCGGCUCAGUUGCAAAAGUUUGUGAUCAGUUUUUGUCCAUUUUGAUGUUAAGAGCCCAAUUAGUUUCAGAUUUUUGUUGGAAUUGAUGGCAAACUCUGAUCAGCCAUAACUUCACCCCCAGCCUACCUAGUAUGGAGUGAGCAGGGUGUGGACAUGGGGGGUGUCCCGAUGUGAACUGGGACAUUAGCAAUACCUUUUUGGCCUUGUGAGGUUUGUUGAUGAUUUGGAGGUUAACUGAGGUUAACACCUCAGACCUUUUUCUGUUUUUCCUAAAUAGUUUCUGUGGGGCCCACACUUCCCUAAUAAGGGUGAAGGUUCAUUUUGGGGGAAAGUGGCAUGUGUCAAAAACAUACACGUGAGUGCUGAGAUGGGUGAUUUCCCUGUGUACAAACAACCGGACAAGGAGCAUUUUAUCUGCCCGUGAAAAUGUUACGGCUGAUUGGUGUGUGCGCAGUCAUUGUUUUCACACUGUUCGAAUGUGUAUGUCAAGUCAUUUGUGCUGGUUCUGUGGACAUAAACCCCACCUAGACCAAAACUUUGUGUUGGCGUGAGGCCGCUGUACAGAUGACAGGAGGGGCUCGCUGGCAUUCACCUAAAUGUGACCCAAGCUUCUGAGUAAAAAAGUGUCCUCUUUGUUCCAUUUGCUAUUCUAUGUUUUGUACAAAGGGAAAGCUAAAAAGAAAAAGACGGGUCGGCCUUCUGAUUCCAUUGAGGCCCUGCUCCCUGUGACAUGCAUCAGAUCUUCUUCACUGCCCUGAGCAGUGGUAAGGCUGCAGCCCCUUCACAUCCUCCUACGUUUACACCAGUUGGAGCAGUUAAACUGACGGUACACUUUUUUUCAUUCAUUGCUGUCAUGGUUUCCAAUAAUGUGGCCCUUCGAUCGGUUCCAUUUUUCUGUUCUUACGAGCUUUCUUAUAGAUUUACUGAUGCCAUGACCUUCAGGAAGUACAGUAUGUCUGUUCUUAUGCAGUUCUUGAAUGCAUUUGCUUUUCCACCCCAUUUAUUCCCAUCCUAAUGCAUCUCAAAAGAAGGCCGUGCCUGAAAGAUCCAAGCCUAUUGCAAACCCAUUUCCAGGUCCUGUCAUAUGGUCGGUUACCGAGGACCGUGACAUUUUAACGUUUUUUUUUUUUUUUUUUUUUGUCUAAGGACAACAU